AGCAAACCUCGACGCCUAUUGGACAAAACGAGUGCCAGUGAAUACCAAACCUUCCAAUCGUUGAUGUCCCAGAUGUCCUACCUCCGCCCAUCUGUAGCAUUCCGAUUUUGGCGGUGGGGAGAAGAUGGCGGAAAAUUUGAAAGGUUGCAGUGUGGCAUGCAAGGUGUCACUGAGUCAGCUGCAGACUUGUUGCAGGCAGGAGAGGGUCUUCUGCCAGGAAUUGGGACUGAACAAAAAGAACUUUAAUGACUAUGAAGUAGAGUACCUCUGCGACUACAAAAAGAAUAGGGAUGAAGAGUUCUACCUGGUGAAGUGGAAGGGCUAUCCUGAGUCUCAGAACACCUGGGAGCCGCGCAAGAACCUCCGGUGCGUUAAGCUUCUCAAGGUGUUCCAGCACGACCUGGAGCUGGAGCUCCGGAAGCACAGGAAGAGGCGCAGUCUCAAGAAGCUGGACAGCAGUAUCUCCUCCUAUUUGGUGCAGAAGGCCAAACAGCGGCAGGAGCUUCAGCGCUGGGAGGCUCACCUCAACAAGAUGCGCAAUCACAAGGGCCGCAUCUUCGUGCUGAACGAGGUGGACCUGGAGGGCCCGCCUAAGAACUUCACCUACAUCAACAAUUACAAGGUGGGCGACGGCAUCAUGCUCAACGAGGUGACGUUGGGCUGCGAGUGCGCCGACUGCCUGGGCAACCCGGUGAAGGGCUGCUGUGCUGGGGCGUCCCUCCACCGCUUCGCCUACAAUGACCGAGGCCAGGUCAAGCUGCGCGCUGGCUUGCCCAUCUACGAGUGCAACUCACGCUGCUGCUGUGGCAUGGAUUGCCCCAACCGUGUCGUGCAGAAGGGCAUCCAGUUUGACCUCUGCAUCUUUAAGACGGACGAUGGACGUGGUUGGGGUGUACGCACCAUGGAACACAUCCGUAAAAACACCUUUGUCAUGGAGUACAUCGGGGAGAUCAUCACAACAGAGGAGGCAGAGAAACGGGGCCACAUCUACGAUCGCCAAGGUGCCACAUACCUGUUUGAUUUGGAUUAUGUGGAGGACGUGUACACGGUGGAUGCUGCUAACCAUGGGAAUAUUUCCCAUUUUGUCAACCAUAGUUGCAACCCAAAUCUGCAGGUUUACAACGUGUUUAUUGACAACCUCGAUGAGCGCCUGCCUAGAAUAGCCUUUUUCUCCACCCGUCACAUCAAACCUGGUGAGGAGCUCACUUUCGACUACAAAAUGCAAAUUGAUCCAGUGGAUGCAGAGAGCACAAGAAUGGACUCGAAUUUCAGUCGGGCUGGCCUUCCAGGUUCCCCAAAGAGGCGGGUUAGAGUGGAGUGCAAGUGUGGAGUGGAGUCCUGUCGAAAGUAUUUGUUUUAAGCUGUAUAGAAUGUAAACAUUGAUCAUCAUGGAGGAGUGUGUGGUUUGAGUGGCUGUUGUACAGUAUUUUCUCUUUUUAAAUCAAUUUGUUUAUUUUCCCCAUUUUUUAUGUCGUCUUUCAUUUUGGCACGUUUUCAUUAAUUUUUUUUUAAAGAUAGUGGAAUCGCCCUGUUUCUUAAUCUGUUGGUGGCUGAAACAGGAAAAAAGUGGGAUGAUACGAGAGAGGGCUGAAGUACGGUAAGGUAGCAUUAAAGCUACUAUAUGGUACUGUGAAUGGAGAUUGUUCCUCCACGAACUUGCAAAGUUCAGAAUUAACCUUAAGCCUGGUCUCAGUGGAAAACUGCAAUGUUUAGAUUUGACUUUUCCCCCCAAGAAGCUGGGUGCACUACCAACAGUUUUCUAAUUUGUGAUCAUCUUUUGAUGAAAACGUUCUACUAAAUGACAUUAUGUGUAAACUAAGCUAACAACUUCCUCAGCAGUUCCCUUAUCUAAAAGCAUACUUUUAAAAUGGGUGAAUAUGAACACUGGAAUUGCUGCCCAUUUCACCCCAUGACCUAUAAUUGUUCUGAUCUGUGCAGUUCAUGUAUAUGUUUGUGGAAGCGCAGAAGUACAUGUAUUUGUAGUGUGUUGUACUCUGUGCACAUCUCGGUAUGGCUUACAGAACCAUACACGUCUAUUCAUAUUUUUGGAAGGCUUGCAUGUAAAUGAACAAAGGGCUAGGAAAUGAAAAUCAGUUGCGUUUCAGGUUGUAAAAGCAGGACACGUGUAUUCGGAUAUAAACGUAGCUCUUCCUCUGUGGUUUAACACUGUAACUACGUGUAAUGAGAUGACAUGCGAGUAUCCUGUGCCUUUCUCAGCACUUGUGCCAAACCUUCAUCCUACAGGUAGCCAGUCAGUCAAGGGUUGAAAAUAUGUCUGUUUUUUUUUUUUAAUCCAUCACUAUAUCCAGUUGGUUGUAAAUAUGACCUCUUGCUCUAAAUAUUUUAUGCUAUCUUGUGAACAAAAGUGAAUGUGAUAUUGCCUGAGGUGAGAUCUGGCAAAGCAAUUUUGAAUUUCAUUUUUUUCUCUUUAUAAUUUUACCAUUUGCUGGUUUGUGGUACACAGUCUACAUUUUUAACAUAUUUUUAAAAAACAGAAAAUCACUUCAGUGUUCUAUCGAUAGGAUCAGUUACUAGCAACUGUGAAAAGAAGAAAAGUAAUUCAGAAGACUUUUAUGCCUUUAUUUAAUUCCUUUUACCGCUGUCUUUUUAAAGUGCUUCUUGUUUCUUGGUCUGUUGAUGUAGAAGUAGUGGCCAUAUUCCAGAAACUCUUACUCAGGGGGCUUUCAUGCUGUAUUUCUUGAAUAGUCUGGAUGGGUGUAGUUUAUCCAUUUCUUAGGGUUGGCACUAAGUGUUUGUAAUACAGGAGAACCCACACACAAGUAGCAAUCUGCCUCCAUUUUGGUCUGCCCCGUUCCCUGCAGUAGAAUGGUUCUUAGGGGAAAAACUAAUCUUUAUUUUCUGAAAUACUGAGUAAUGCAUGCUUGGACCUUAUUUGAUUGGUUCUGUUCUCCUUUGAUCUGUAUGAAAUUAAUAGUUGAACAGUGAAUUACUGUCAUCUUAACCAAAGACCAGCUACAAACUUCAUGAGUCAUCCACGUUUCUUGGUGCAAUUAUGGUUUUGUGCAAGAAAAAAAAUCUCUAAAAUGUUCUUUGAUUUUGAUUAUUGUAUGUUUACACAUUUUAAUCUAAAAGAUAUUGCAGCUUCUGUGGUCAUCUUCAAAUGAAUGGUUAGUGAAGUAAAAUGUGAAUGAAUGAAUGCAAAACUGUUUCCGAAGUGAUGUUCUGGCUUGCAUUCUGGUGUUUAGAUUGUUUUUCCAAUAACAGACUUGACUCUUGUGCAGUUUAGUCAUUAGGUUUGUCGCCAAAGUCCAACAUUGUGUUUGUCAUUCUGUCAUUUUUAAUGUUUAGUAUGGACUGUUUUAUACACACAUGUAUAUCAUUGAGACUGGAUGAAUAAAUUUUGUAAAAGCUUAUGUAAAUAAAACUUUAUUGUUCCCAUUGCUUUUUGCAGACACUUAAGUUCGUGUUUAUAUCAAACUUCCAUUUCUUUCAUGUGUAUAAGAUUUGGAUCAGUAAUGCAAUUAAUCGUUAAACUGCAAUUUGGUUUGUCACAAUUUUUCGAUAUUUUGAACCUUUGCAUCAAUUCAUUAUUUCAGUGCUGGUAGAAUGUCAGAUGUUUUGUGUUACAAACAUUUUUUCAGCAUUUGGAGUGCUGUUUGUGCUGUUUAUGUAGCCUAUGCUAAGUGCAGUGCAAUGCAGAAUGGUCUACCUCUGAAAUAUUAAAGUACAGGUCAAAUGUUCAUUUAAUUUUUUUUAUAUUUGCUGUUUUAAAAGCAGAAAUGUGCAAUUUGUUUGCACAAAGAAAUGCAUAAUUUAUGCAACUGAGUUGAUCUGUGCAAUGGCUUUAUUCCAGGAACUGACUCCUUGGGUAGGUACAGGCAUGCUUUACAUUUGACAUUUUAGUCAGUUUAAUGUUGGAGUGCCAACCAGCAUAUGCUACAACGGUAUUUUAGUGAUGCAUUGAAUCACGCCUCUGCUAUCUUGAUUUAUAUCGUUUCCUGGGCAAGCGAGCAAUACCCAGCCCUAAUAUAUAUGCAUGUGUCACAAACUCAUGUUUUUCAGAAAAGUUAGACUCAAAAUCAUACUCCUAGUUUCCACUAGAUGGGACAAUUGUUCUGUUAACUAUGAACUUGUUCUCAAAACGUUAAGAUUUUUUUUUUUACUUGGAAAGGUUUAAUUUUUAUUUCUUAGAUCUUAUUUUUAAAUAAAGGUUCUGUUGUUUAUUUCAUAAUAUGUAAAAAGUGGAUGAAUUUUGAACUACAAGCUAAUUUUAAUCUCCUGAUUAAAAAUUUCCAUGGUGUUGCCCAAUAUUAUGCCAUUACUGCAAAUACUGCAUAAACAGAAAUGUCUGUCUUUUUUUCUUUUCAUUUUCCAGAUUGUAAAUAAUAUUUUCACCCCUGAUUUUGUGUCAUAUGUUUUUUUUUCCCCCCACUAUUAAAUGGGGGAAAAGUCCCUCAUCAAUGUAACAGGAA